GAAAUCUUGCGCUGUCACUGACAAGGUUGAAGUCACCACUGUCAAUCCCGUCAACAACGCUGUCAGUUUAUUGUCUAGCACACUAUGGUGCGCCACAGCAAGCUACAGAAACAGGUCUUAUCUCUGUAUCGGCAGUUUCUGCGCUCGGCACAGGACAAGCCGGGCUUCUUACCGAGAAUACGUGAUGAAUUCCGUGCCAACUCUGCGAUCAAGAAGACUGACGUCAUGCACAUAGAAUAUCUUUAUCGGCGAGGCCAACGCCAACUUGAACUGCUUAAAGAUGUAAACACUAAACAGCUUGGAUCAUUCAGCAAGUCUAAAGAGGACAGCUGACCACUCAUAUAGCCUAACAACCUAUAGUCGGUCAUAUAAUCAGUACUGUAUUCAAAUAUUUUACAAAAUAUGACUCGAAAAGAACAAAAUAGUUGUUUUGGGGAAAUCACCUCCCUUAUUUAAAUGGAAUAUCCAAAUGACUUUCACUUUUCUCAGGCUGGACAAGAUUAACCCAUUGCUGUUUUAUUUUUAUGGUGUUAUUUAUGUACAUUAAUUUGCAGAUUAAACCCAUAUUAUUUGGUGUUA